AUGGCUGUGCUCGGUCCAGCUCUGUAUCGCACAAUCUUUUAUCUGCUCGCCUUGCUUGCUUCGAUCGCGGAGCUGGGGGUUUCUGCAGCCCUGCUGAGCUUAGAGAAUGAGGACCUCGGUGCAGGUGAGGCAUUUGCACAGUUUGUCGUGAGCUUGGUUUGUUUGUUUCUCGUGCUCUUGGGGGAGGUCUUCGUUCGAUUGCGCUUCUUGGCAUCCACAUCCUUCGAGCUCGGUGUAGUGGGUCUACUAUGGGUUAUGUGGCUUGCGUCGGCGGCCUGGACAACGAGCGAGGUGUCUUCCACGUUCGGGGUGGGCAACUGCGAUGAAUCUUCCAGCCAGAUCGUGAACUGGACAAUUGAGAUGACCUUGUCUGAUGCGGAAGCUAUGUGUCGUGAAUGGAAGGCGGUUGAAGCAUUGGCGUGGAUCAAUUGGGUCUUCGGUUCGCUCAAUCGCCCGUUCCUCUAG